AUACUCGUUGGCAAGAAAUGCGUUUGUUUGUCGCUCUGGUUUGUGUCAGUUUUGUGGCAUGUGCCACCGCCCAGUGGCCGCUACGUGGCAAGUCUGGCUUGAAUGCCCAGGUGAAGCUGGCCGUGGAGCCACCCAGUCUGUUGGUCAAGAAUGCCGGCAUUCUUCCUUCACUCCAGCUGUCGGACACUGUGAAGACCCAGGAGAUUCCGAAUGUGUCGGCCGGAAAGCGUAGCAUUCUGCCAUACAUUUAUUCUGGCCCAAGCUACUGGCCCGACUAUGGAGUUCCCACCAAUGGCUGGUAUGGUGGCUGGAAUUCUGGUUACUCUAACCCUGGAUAUUGGGGCAACAACUGGUACGAUUAUGGUGCUCCCUACUAUCCAAGACGCCGUUUGGUGAAGCCUGUCGUCUCAGCUUCUACGGGAGCUACCGGAGCCACUGGAGCUACUGGAUCUAUUGGAGCCUCUGGAGCUACUGGAGCUACUGGAUCAAGCUCUUCAACUGGAUCCACAUCUAGCACUACUACCACUACCACCACCACUAAUGAUGUUGUUCCUGCUUUGGAUGCCACUCUCAGUGCUGCCGUUAUUCCCGAUGUUGUCCCCAUUCCCGAUGUUGUCCCAGUUGCUGAUCCUGUCGUCCUUCCCUUAGUCAUUCCCGAUGCUGAACCCUUGCUAACCACCCAGGUUAUCUAAGAAGUCAGAUUAAAGUUUUAAUAAAUAUAUGUAUAU